CGGGGUCAGGUGAAGAGCGAUUGAAGCAAGUGUCAGCAGGACAGGCGGAGGCAGAGGUGGCUGGCUUCGCUCUGAGGGAGCAAGUGGAGUGCUCAUCACAGCCUCUGCUCUGCUCUCAGCCUCUCUCUUGCACCAGUCAUGAAUCCUCAGUGUGCUCGCUGUGGCAAAAUUGUUUAUCCCACGGAAAAAGUGAACUGCCUGGACAAGUAUUGGCACAAAUCAUGUUUCCAUUGCGAGAUCUGCAGAAUGACCCUAAAUAUGAAAACGUAUAAAGGAUACGAGAAGAAACCUUAUUGCAACGCGCAUUACCCAAAGCAGCAAUUCACCAUCGUUGCUGAUACACCAGAAAACCUCCGCCUGAAGCAACAAAGUGAAUUGCAGAGUCAGGCCAAGUAUAAAGAAGACUUUGAAAAGAACCGGGGAAGAGGAUUUAGUAUUGUUACUGACACUCCUGAACUGCAAAGAUUAAAAAGAACUCAAGAGCAAAUUAGUAAUAUUAAAUACCAUGAGGACUUUGAACGGACAAGAGGCAAGGGCUUCACUUCAGUAUCUGAUGACCUGGUAACAGAACAAGCAAGAAAGAACACUCAGUUUGUGAGUGAUGCAAUGUACAAGGGAGUGCAUCCCCAUGUGGUGGAGAUGGAGAAAGGCAGAUCUAGCAUUAUGGGAGCUGCUGUGCUUCCUGGAGCUUACCAGCAAAUGCAUUCCCCUCAUUCUACUGGAUAUGGCUACAUGCAUCAGUCCAGCAUUGGUUCUGUGAGGCCGCAGCAAUCUCUUCCUCAUGCUGUUAAUAUGAGGACGUUCCGAGCAAUGUAUGAUUACACUGCGGCUGACGAGGAUGAGGUUUCCUUCAAGGAUGGUGACUACAUCAUCAAUGUACAAGCAAUUGAUGAAGGCUGGAUGUACGGCACUGUCCAGAGAACUGGAAAAACUGGAAUGCUUCCAGCAAACUAUGUUGAAUCCCUUCACUGAAUCCAGUUUCUCACCAUUCGUGCUUAAUCCUUUAUUUUUAUUACACUAAAUGGUAAUUAAAAUGUCAAGAGAGAGAAA